AUGGAGUCCCGCAUGCAUGCAAACGACAAGUCAGCUCAGGUGGAUGUGCUGCGACGGGGCUACGAGGAGCUGCGGCAGCAGCUGCAGCAGCAAACGGAGAAGGUGCAGGCGCUGCAGCAAGACUCUCUGCUGCUAGAAAAGGCCCGCGCAGAAUCCAUAGAUCUGCAGAUGCUGGUGCAGCAGCUGCAGCGCCAGCAAAGCCUAGAGAUAGACCUCACGCUGCAGCAGCUGAUGCAGCGAGAGGAGCCGCUGCUGCAGCAGCCGCUGCAGCACUUGCAGCAGCAGCAGCAACAGCAGCAGCAGCAGCAGCAGCAGCAGCAGCACUUCUUACGGGAAGACGGAAGUCACCGCCUGUUCUACAACAGCAGCAGCAACAACAACAACAACAGCAGCAGCAGCAGCAGCAGCAGCAGCAGCAGCGGAGCAAGAGCAGCAGCAGCUUUUUUGGGGGGGCAGCAAAGCCAGCUAUUCCGUUCGCGGGACCAGCAGCAGCAGCAGCAGCAGCUGCAGCAGCAGCUGCAGCAGCAGCAGCAUCAGCAGCAACAGCAGCAUCAUCAUCAGCACCUGCACGAGCGCCUGCAGCAACAGCAGCAGCGCCUCCUGCAGGAACGCUUGCAGCAACAACAACAGCAGCAGCAGCAGCAGCAGCAGCUACAGCAGCAGCUACAGCACCAGCAACACCUGCAGCAGCAGCAGCAGCAGCAGCAGCAGCAGCAGCAUAGGGCUCCCUCUGAUGUUACAGCUCUCGAGGAUGAGGAGGAGCUCGAGGAGGAGGUGCGGCGAUACAACAGCAGCCUGGGGGGAGGAGGAGGAGCUCGAGGAGGAGGGAGAGCAGAAGGGGGGUGGGCCCCCCUAGAUGAGUUAGCUGCUGCUGAGGAAAUAGAAGCAAUAGACUCGCUCGCGCUGCAGGCCUAG